GUGCACGCUAAAUACCUGGCUACAAAAAAAAAAGUGGAUGAUCUACCUCCCAGAAUGCUAUUCACGAUUAGCUAGUUUUCGCUCCGGUAGAGAUUUCGAUCACCUCAUUCAAAGUGUCAGUGUCUACCUGGUUUUGAUUAUUCAUUGUAAAGAAGGUACUAUCACUAUGUAUUUCACUACUACAGAACACAAAAGUAAAUGAAGAAGCUUCACAGAAAAGGCAAGAACAAAAGACCUUAGCGGCGCGUAGAUGAGACCUCGAAGGCUCAGCUACGCGAGCCCUGGGCGAGGGCCAUGGGGCGUCCGAGUGGCCACAGUACUUCUUUCCUGGUCUAGUAGUUUCUCGUUCUUGGCCAGACAAGUACCUCCUCCUGGCGCUUUAGAUGAGGAACUGGAACAUCUUCAGGGCAUGAUAACCGGAGAUGAAGACUGGUCGACGGCAAUAGGAGACGACCUCCAAGGUGAAAACGAACGUGAAGAUCAGCAUCUCGCACUACUCGAGACGGCGGUGGUCGGAACAACAGCAGGCACAGGACGAAGUGAGAGUUCCAAACAUCAGAGACAUCGAAGGCAUCACAAGAAGGGAGAGGUAGUUGCAACUAGCCGUGAAGCAUCUUCAACAAGCGCAACAAAGGAGGUCGUAGGAAAAAGGAAGCAGCAUCAGCGAAAGACUGACGCUUCCUCAACUAGUCUUAGCCAGAAGAAGAAUACCGUGGAUGAAUCAGCAGUCGCUCAAGAGCUCGCUAGGAAACGAGAAGAGCGUAAGGCUCACAUCGCCAGGAUAAGGGAGAGACAUGGUUUCGAAACGAAGGACGAGGUAGAUCGUCCACCAGUCACUUCUGCCGAGAGGAAAAAAGUCGAGUCUCAUUCGCGCGAAGACUCCGAAGAGAGGGCUCCGUCUGAAGCAAUAAACGUCGUUUCAUCUUCAUCAGAAGAGGAAGCACCAGUUUCCUUAGUAGCUACGGAUAGGAGAAAAACCUCUGCAAAAAGCACAAGAGGACACAGUACUGCAGCAAGAAACGAGGAGGAGCAGGAACAUCAUGGCAAAGGAGCUAGACAUCAUGACGAAGAACACGAGUCGUUGGACCACCUUGAUCGAGAACAUGAUCAACUUCAACAUCGUCAUAGAGCCCAUGAGGAGCAUGAAGAUGAAGUUCGAGGACAUCACAUGAAAUACGACACUGAAGACGAGCCAGCGCGUGCCAUUAUCAUGGAUAGAAGGAGUAGUAGGUUCUUAGGAGAGGAACAAGGGCGACAUGCACAAGAUGAACAUGUAGCACAUUCUAGCGCAGAGCCGAUGCAUGAGGUUCGCAGAACGCGUGAAAGCAGUAGGUGGCAUAGGCGGGCAGCACCGCAGGACGAGGAAGAUGAGGAGGUUAUUCCAAUGUCGGAGAGUACUAGCAGGAAAUCAGCUUCUAGACAAGAAGUGCAAGAAUUACAUCCCAGAUCUGCGAGCAAAGUAGUUCUUACUCCUUCUGUGGGAACAGUCGGUCAUUUAUGGCGUCACUUGCUCGUGAUUGAGAACGGAAUGAUUGAAGGGGAUCAUGUGGCCUGCAUUGAUUUUCUCUCCAUCCCACCUAUUGAUUCUCAAUCAAAAGUACAUUAUUUAGCACCAUUCACAUCAUCCAGCUACCUCAGCCAUUGAGUCCGCCGAGUCGAUGUUUGAGGCUAACCCAGAUCUCAUGAGUUUCACUAGUCUUAGCGAGCUUCCGCGACAUGAAAUCCAUUUGAGUGACGAAGCCCUUAGGCUGGCACAAGAGGAGCAAAGGAAAGAGCAAGAGGAGGAGGACAGGCAAGAAACUAUGAAACAAGAUCAACCUCUGCAUCAACAGGAGAUACCAAAUAGAAGGAGGAGGACGAACUUCUAUCAUCAUGACAAUGACGACGAAGAACUUCUAGAAGACAGAGCUGUUUUUGAUGAAACAAGGUCUACUUCGCAGAGGGCGAGAAGAGCGGCUUCUUCAAGACGUGGGCAUGAUCAAGAAGAUGACGAAGUCGAAGAGCAUGUUGUGUCUAGCUCUAUGUCUUCAGAACUAGGUGCUGCAAGACUUGCCUCUCCUUCAAAGCUAGCUUCCGGUGUCCAUGACAUGCCUCUAGGCCUUGUGGAAACCGAACAACACAUUCGGUCAGUUGUAGCUGACAAGCCGGGAAAAGAAGGAUCAAGACAAGCUGCUGCGGUGUCAAAGCAACAAGUCGGUACAAAAGCACAUGUUCUUGGAACUAGUGUCACGAUUGGUGCAGUACCAGGGACGCCAAGAAAGACCAGCGUGAUUGAUGCGGGUCACGCAAGAACAUCGGAACAAGAGGGUACAAAAACGUCGGAAGCAGAACAUCCGUCUUUAGUCGUCGAGAGCCAUGCAGAGAAAAGCGUAUCCACGGCGGAUGCGGAUAAUAAGAAGACGAAAGAAAAAAGGGCAAUCUCUAGUUCUAGUGCUGAAGAAGGGUUGGAUGCAUCAGUUGGAGGCAAGAGCAGCAAGGUGGAAAAACAGGCGAACAAGAUCGAGGACAAAAAAGUGAGCAAGACGGAAGAAGGACAACAAGCAGAGCAGCAGUCUAGUAAGAUACAACAAGCACAACUAGCUGGACAGGGGCACAAGCAAGAUCCUCCGGUCCCAAAAACGCAGGUGCGAAGGAUUGGACUCCUUGUCGACGUCAAUAACGCUACAGGCAUGCCAUCGAUGUAUCCUCUUCGAAAAGCCCGAUACACACCUCCAGGCGAAAAACCGGAUGACCUAGCGUUGGCUUUGCGUGAAGGCGUUUUUGAUCUGAUCUUAUGGCCGCAAACUGGGUGCUGUGGGUAUUAAAAUUACAAUCUAAGUACUACCUAAAUUGAUAAAGAUAAUAUUUGUUUGAUAUUAUAAUACCCGGCCAUAGAUUCUACUUGCGACAGGGGUUCAGGAUGUAAUAGAUUCUAGUGACCUCUUACUAACUGUAGUACAGGAGCAAACAUGAUGAAUACCAACGGUAGUCUGGUACACUUCAGAAAAACCAAGCCUGAUCGAUGAAUACUAACGGUAGUCUAGUACAUUUCAGAAAAACCAAGUCUUCUUUAUUUCUUCUAAAGCUAGGAGAGAAAAAGGCCAAGGCGGAGGUGAAAGCGCGAUUUGCCCAAGCUCAGCUUGUUGCGAACAAGCGUAAGCAGGAACGACUGGCGAGGGAAGCUGCAAGAAAAGCAGCAGCGGAGAAAGCAUUAUGAAGAGGAUUUUGGCACUUCCUUGGAAAUGAAAGAAAAAGUAUUGGCGUUCUUGAUAGAUUCAGGGCUUAGGGUGUCUUCUAGUAAACAAUUACCCGUAGCAUUAAAUUUAUCUAAUUCUAAACGCUGUAUUAUAUCUACAUGCUUUCCUCUUUUUGCUAUUUCUAGUUAGCUUGGCUCCACCCAUAUUAUUCUGCUAAACAAGCGUCCGGGCUGUUGAUCCAUCAUCAGAUGUGCCUCAUUGUUGUAGCUGUUGACAAAGUUCGAGUUCUCUCUCUACCUCUAGCUCUAGCCCUCGCACUCUUGCUCUUGCUCUACGUCGUCAAUGGUGGGCUUGUUGAUGAGAUACGUUUCUUCUUCCAACCACUUCCUCUAAAUCAACGCUUGGCAAAGAGGAAAGUCCUGGUUCCUCAGCAAGCAGUAAAAGAUGAAGCCCCCGCUUAUGUUCCAGGCCUAUCUCCUGAGGACGAAAAUAGUGGUGUCUGGAGACCACAUCAUAGCACCAUUUAUCACAUUAUGACCAGCACAUCAUAGCACGAAGACUUUUGAAAAGUCAAACCAUGGAUUGAGUCUUCAAAUCCUUGCCUCUAUCAUUACAACUACGCGACUUUGGUAGAAGUGGCUGUGAUUCUAGGUCGAGUUAUUAAUUUCUGACGGUGCAAAAGUAAAAGUGAUUCCAAUGUUUUCUUGCCACCAUAAUGAAUUGUGCUAUUUAUCUAUAAUCAGAAUUUCAUCCUCUAUUAUUUGUUUCUCUAGUACUUUGCACAAAUUAUAUUUUCAAAUUCCAAACGGCCUCAACCUCCUCUCUCUUCUCGCAUCUAAAGACAGCAAGAACCCAAACAGUGGCUACCUGAUGGGUUCACCUCUUGCCUAUCUGGAGAACAACGAGAUUUCGACAUCGAUGCAGUGUAUUAUCCACAUGCUCUUUGUUUUUUGUCUGAUCUCCGCAUGCGCCAACGGUUUGGGAUUCUACGAGAGAGCGUUUUCCUCUAGAGCGUUGGCCCUGGAGAAGACAGAGGAAGAAGAGAAGGCUGCGGAGGGGUCAGAUUUAUGGAAAUGUAAAUGUUGUAAAUGUUGUUGUAAAAAAUGUAGUAAUUUUUAUUGCGCCGGCGCUUAGUAGUUAUUAGUAGAUAAGUUUAAGUACUUGCAUGACAUUGACUUUCCUUCUUUCGGUUUUUGGUUUUUCUAGUUAGGUCUGCUCCACCAAAUUUACUGUGACUCAUCUCAAAUUCUUGAUUAGUUCCUUCAUAACUUUCACUGGCACUUAUGUCACGCUUCAUCCGUUAUCGAGGAACUUGAAUUUCAAUUUUCAACUUGUUCGCAGAGUGCAGGAACUUGAACAGCACCUCGUCUAACCAGAGCUCACAAAAGUGAAGAUGAUGCAGAGUCGCUGCUGGAUCGAAAGGUUUCAUACUCCGGUGCAGCGCUGAUCACGAUACAGUUACGGUCUUAGUAUCUAUUUCGGUUCCAGUAGCAGUAGUACGAGUACUAGCAAUAAAGCAAGUUCCGUUCUUGUUUUCAGGCUACGUGUAGAAGACAAUAUUCGCGAUGAGUUAUCUACGUUUCCAUUACAUCUUCAAAAGUCAGAAUUUGAUGCUACCACCUUUUUCUAAUCCCCGCAGCCCGUCAAGUCUUAGGACUGAUGCCUAUGUUGGGUGUCAUGUUCUUGGGGACGACGAUGCGUGCGGUGCAACUAAGUCUAGGGAGUCCUGGGAAAAUCGGACUACCUCAACCCUACGUUGAAACUUCGAUGUUCGUCGCAGUCUGGGCAGUUACAGGUUAUGAAGCAGGAUUUUUUACAGGAUUGGUCAACGUCAAUGUAUCUAUAAGAACGUAAAGAAAAAAAUAGCACUGCUAUGUUGCAUAGAAGAAACAGAAUAUCUCCGUUCGUCAACCGUGAACUCCUCUAGCUGUUCCUACAUCUAGGACACAUCUCUUUCUAAUACCUCAAACUGGGCCUCACUUUCCUGAUACCGAUUUUGACGGGGAAACUGCCGGACGUGGAUGCCGAAGGAAAUCUAUUGCUGGGAACGGACGACACGAGGACGAAGACAGCGGGUGUCAGAGUACUUCUUUUUGAGGUUUCUUGUGCUGCGUCUUCCUCGAAUGACAGCAUACAGGUUUCUUGAUGUACAACUAUUUUCUUAUUUCAUUUGAUCCUCCUCUUGUUCUCGUCCUUGCUGAUUCUUUCUUCGGAUUAUGUCACUCUCGUGAUCUACUACUACUACCUCAUUCUACGUUAAUAUUCCCAUCUGAAGAAUAUUAGUAAUUGCUGUGGUUUACACUUUAGACCACUCCUCCCAGGACUUCCAACCUUAACCUUAUCUCUUGCAAUACACACUUUAGACCACUCCUCCCAGGACUUCCAACCUUGUGUCCACCACCCCAACGACAACGACGCCAGAUGCUCUUACUCAUGCGCGCCCUCUGCAUGAUCGUCACUUUUUGCUGUUCUUUGGCGAUCUCGUAUGGGACGUACCACAUGGCGGAUUAUCAGGCAGUAGAGACCUUGUGGAAGCCACACGAUCCGCCACUAAUGUCCUCAGCUGUUGCUAGCGUCCAGUGGCUGACGGACUUGACCUUCGUCAUCUAUCUUUAUGAGAUUUUCUGUGAUGUCGAAGAAGUUUCACAGCAGGAAGUACUAAAUUGUCGUAGUACUACGUCAUGUUGCAUAGAUGAGUAAGUAUGAGAAGCACACGUGGGAAACUGCUACUGAUGAUACAGAAAGUAGACGUAGGUACUCGCAUACUUUUUCUGAGGUAAAAACCAAAAAUCAAACCAUGGAGUGUGUGUUCAAAAAUACUCUGCUUCUAUUAUAUAUAACGGGUUUCGAGUUCCUCGAGUUGCCACGAGUUGCUCGAGUUGCCGAAGCGAAGAGCUUCACUGCUGGAACGAGUUGCCACGAGUUGCCGGGAGGUGUCCGCUCCAUCGAAAUGGAGCGAAGCAGGGCGGUGCGAGCACAAACCCAGCCGGUCGAAGGGGCGAAGCGUAAGGGCGUGCUGCGUUUGUUGUUGCUCAUGAAAGGGGCAAUCGGGUGCGAGUGCCUCCUGGGCCCUUAUGACUUUUUUUUGUAGCUUGCCAGCGGGCGUUUAUUAAAGCGCAACCAAGGGGGCGAAAGACUCUGCCCGUUGUUGUUUUUGUUUGAUGUCAGUGUCGCUGUGGCGUGUGGUGUCGUCUGGUCGGUGGCGAUCUCUCCCAUUUUUCUUCGAAUGUAUUCCCAAUACAUCUACUUCGGGGGUGCGAGCGAGUAGACCCCGUCUGCUUUAUAGGGCGGCGCGUCUAGCCUUGCUUGGGGGUGAGUAGACUAGAGAAAGCAACAGCUGGGAGUGGAAGCUGGAAGUGGAUGAUCACACUAGAUUCGCGAGUAAUUAGAUGUUGACCAAGCAAGUGGCUGAGAUGAAUCUUGAGCCCGAGACGGUUACUCGCUCCUGUCUCAAGGGUACACUCCGAAGAAAAUCAAGGAUCAGAGACACGGCGCGCAGUGUCGUACGCUCCUGCUAAGGUUUCGCGGAGUCUCAUAAAGCUGCGCCCGAAGGGCGCCGCGCAAAAAAUUAGGGUGGGCAACUCGAGCAACUCGAGCAACCCGAGCAACUCGACCCGAUACGGGUCAAAAAGUGCCUUACUCUAAUAUAAGACCCCAAGCCCAACCUUGUUCACCAUCACCCAGUUACUCAGGGCCCAUCUCCAUCUCCACGACCGACCCCCAUCUUCAUCUUGCCCUACAGCAUCUAUGCAAACUGGCGAACAUGAAGAAUGUGGAUGCAAUAGCACAGGUCGCUGUCCAGGCGUUACAAGUAGCACCAGUCUUGGCCAUCCUCUUCCUGUGCGCUCGUUCCAGAGCUCUGCAGUUGAAUCCGAAGACUGGGGAACCACAGAAAUGUUAUGUUUAUUGUAAGAAGGUAAAUAUUGCAUCUACACACAAGGAAAAAGGGGAAGUAGAAGUACUUAUACUAAUACUAUCUUCCAUUAUAAUAACCUAAACGUGAACAAUCUUGUUCCAGCGAAGAAUGAAGAUCCAUCUUUCUUCAUGAUCAACUUCCUUCACCCCUCUCACUCUCUAAAAUGCGUGCCAAAAACUGUUCUACCUUUGUGUAGCGAUGAUGUGGUUGCAGAUGAUAUCAAUAUUGGCAGUGGCGUUGUUUCUUGUGGACACUGGCGAUGGGAAGUUUAAAGUGAAAAGACCAGGAAUCUUCGCAUUCUUCAACGCAUUGCGAUUUCUCUGCUUGACGCUGUUGUAUGCGGGUAAGGAAUGGCAUUCAGAUGUGCUUUUUUGUAUGCGGGUAGAAGUACCGCAGUUUUUCAUGAUUGUUUUAGUGCAGCGAAGCAAAAUCAUCAUGUUGAAAGUAAUAAAUUUGCCCUCGUCGAGUAUCAACCCAUCUUCAAGAUCAUCUAGCAAUCACGUGCACCCUCACGACUGACUCUUACUCGUUCAUCUCCCAAUAAUUGCGACAAAGGUAUCAUCGGUAUCUGUUUCGGCAUUUCGCAGUUGACGCCACCAGAAUCGGAAGAAUUAUUCGUCGACGACGUAGCCCCUGAGAUGAGCAAUACGCUGGUGACGAUACUGUUGUUAUGCUGGUGAUGAAUUUGUUCUACUAAGAAAGUACUUUUGUUUACAACUAGCCGCGACGCUGCGUCUUUCAUUGUGAUGGUCCUCUUGGUCAGAUGGCUGAUCAGCGAUUGGACUUGCUAAGUUGUAUUCCUCCUCUCAAAUCCUCUUCCUCUAACAUGUCUCCUCUUCGAAUAUUUCGUGAUACAUCUUGUCCAGUACAUGCUUACGGUUUACAGGCAAGUUCUGGACGUGCAGGUGACUGAAAUAGCCCAGAUAAACAAAGCGGUGGAGGCAGCAAAGGCGUCGGUUACCUACGUUCCAAUUUUGGUGGUCUUUUUUUUCGCUGUCAUGCUGCGAGCCAGGCAGAUGACCAUGAACAUUACCGACGACUACCCAAACGUACUUAUCUCUGCUUCUUGUACGCUGGAAUUACUGUGUAUGCAGUUCUUUCUCGCUUCUUAUCUUUGCUUGCCAGUGUUCCACACUACAAUUAUAGGCUACUCCUAGAAUUUCGAUGUUAUGCUUUCCUUCCUUGCGCUUUCUUUGUCGUGUUGUUGAGGCUCGUGACUGGCUUGAGUGAAUACAAUAAUCCUUUCUGUAAUAUUUGAUGCUUCUGGGAGAGCAAACUAAAAAGAAGAGUUCCAGGAAGUACUGUAUAUUCAGUUUGCUCCACAAAAUCUAUCAUGAAUAUCAACCAAAGUUUGCUUCACAAAAUGAAUCACAAAUACAGAACGGAAGGCUAGGGAUUCCGGUCGUGAGCUGUAUGUGGAUUACGAGCCUAGCAGUGACGGUGCAAAUUUUCGCUGCUUUUUUUAUGGGAGAACUACCUUCAAGAACACUUCUACAUUCAAAAAACUGUAGACUGUGACGAGACUAGAAUUCACAUUCAGCAUCUCGAUCUCUGCAUGUAGUACAAAGGAUCCUCAAGUGAGACCGAACUGAUUCGUCUUGUUGUUCUUGUAUCACCUCUUCUACGUACUUUACGUCUUGUUGUAUCACCUCUUCUAAUCUUCUAGCACCCCUACUACAAAACUCCGAAUCGAGUCCGCGGAGAGGGAAAGGUGUAGCGGUCUUAGACGUCUUUCAAGGAGGGAUGACUGCGGUGAUGUUUCUUGGCCUGCUUCCGUGUGUCAUCGCGCUCUUUGACCCAGAUAUCAGUCCGAGAUUUGCGACUGUCUAG